GCUGAGCAUGCAGAACGACGUGGCGUUUUACCUCUAGAGUAAAACCACGACACGGUGUUUAUUUUCCUCUUCUCCAUCUCUCCCUUCUGCUCCAAUUUCCAAAACCCCAAUAUCAUCACUAAGCAAAAACCCUAAUUUACAGAGAAAAGAGAGUGAAAGUAGCAAAGACAGAGAGAUACAGAAAAUUGAGCAAUGAGCGAAACGGAGUCCUUAGUUUCUCUUCCUCCAACAAAACCCCUAGAAUUAGAGAAGGGGCUCACUCUCGUGCCGCGCGUGAAGCUCAACUUCACAAUCUACCCAAACCCAACAACAGCCGCCAUGACAAUGAGCAAGCCAAUCAACGAGUGGAAGCUAAAGCUAGCUCUACUUGACUUCUUCAAGUCCUCUCUCACUGUCCCAAUCACCGUUCCCGAAGAUGACCUCCAGAUCCAACGGCUCGGAGACCUCAAGAAGCGGAAGCGCGAUGAUCCAGUGGCUCAAGGUUCUCUCGCAAUUCGAGACCUAGGGUUUCUCAGCAAGACCAGAAUAAACAGCGAAGAAGAAGAAGAAGAAAAAGAUGUGAAAGUUUUGGAGGAGAAGUACUUGGAUUGGAGAAAAUACUUGCUGGAAAAAAUGGACGGGUUGGACUUGAACCUUGAAGGUGUUAAGUACAAGCUAAACGUCGCCGUUCCGGCUUCUGAUGAUUUCGAAGCUAUGAAGAAAGCUUGGGAGGAUUUUUACGCUUUUCGAAAUCGCGGGUAUUCAAGGGGUGGGAAGCAAGAGCCGGAUACGAUUAUAAUGAGAGGUGUUCCGUCUCGGUGGUUUGCGGAGCCAUUGGUUUCGUCAAAGCCUUCCAUGUUGGUUACACAUUCCAUUUUUUCUAGACUUGGAAAUAUAAGGGAUCUUAAUGUUUCAGAGGACAAUGAUCUAGGUAAGGAAGCAGAGGAAACUAUGAGCGUAGUUUCGGGUCUUAAUUGUAAGAUUGUAGUUCAGUUCGAGAAGCACAGUGACUUCUAUAAUGCUCUGAAGGUGUUAUGCGGCCGCUCCUUACAGAAGCAAGGAGCUCGCUUGAAGGCCGAUUAUGAGGUUACCUGGGACAAGGAUAUCUUUUUCCGAAAUUCAAGAAGUAACACACAGGACAGGACUAGUAGAAUGCCAGAAAUGGCAGUAGGAAAUUACAGAAGUGAAGCUCCUAGACGUCAACAACAAAAUACUCGCUUCAGUCCUGACGACGCACGCCGUAAGAGAUUUAAGGAUUAGGGAAUGUGAUGCCCAAGUCGAUAUUGUUCCAUACAUGGCUUACAGUUUGAGAAGCGAAUUCAUUCUUUUUGCUAAUUUUGAUGAUAAAAUCUAGCCCAGUAUGUAUAACAAUUUAUAGUCUGAUAUUUUCAGCUACUGUAACAAAGUUUCAGUAAAUAAAGACCACUUUGCUGCUA